AAACCAGAGAGACUCGGACACAUUGCGCCUGCGCAGUUUGCCUAAGUGGUAGAGCGCUACAAGCGGUCGGAGGUACGUAUCGCUGCUAGCUUUUUGCCUUGUCUCUCAGUUCUUCUCAGGCCGGAGGGGGGUAUUGGCUCCAUCUAAUGGGGGUGCGAGCGAUGCGGUGAAUCCGACAAGGCAAGCAGCCGCUAUGGGGGCUCGAACACAAUAAAGCCGAAGCGUUGGUUAGCUAAUAAAAGGCAGACGUGUACCCGGGGCCGGUAGCGACAUGGAAGCUGAGCUUUACUUCCUGAUCGCCCGCUUCCUACAGUCUGGCCCCUGCCGCAGAUCCGCACAGGUGCUGGCGGAGGAACUGGAGGAGUACCGGCUCAUCCCACCACGCUUAGACUGGGAAGGGAAGGAACACCGGAGAACUUAUCAGGAUCUGGUGGCAGCCAAUGCACACAUUCCACCAGACUACCUGCUGAAAAUCUGUGAGCGUUUUGGACCUAUCCUAGAUCAAGAAAUCCCACCGAGUGUUCCUGGGUUGAAUAGUCUUUUGGGACUUGGAAAACAGUCACUACUCAGAAGUAAAAAAGACUGCAAGCAUACACCAUGGAAAGGGACAGCUUUUGCAGCUUUGCACAGAGGGAGACCACCAGAACUUCCAGUCAACUAUGGCAAGGCCCUCAAUGUUGUAAAUAUCACUUGCGGCAGAGAUCUGACUGGAUAUGCACGUUUCCAUCGCAUAUUUCCAUCUUCAGCUUACCAGCAGAUGAAAAUGCACAAGCGAAUUUUGGGUCAUCUUUCAUCUGUAUACUGCGUGGCUUUUGAUCGUACUGGAAGGCGUAUUUUCACUGGUUCAGAUGACUGUUUAGUCAAACUAUGGGCUACUGAUGAUGGGCGUCUUCUUUCCACACUACGUGGUCAUGCGGCUGAAAUUUCUGAUCUUGCUGUGAAUCAUGAGAAUACAUUGAUUGCUUCUGGCAGCUGUGAUAAAGUGGUGCGUGUGUGGUGUCUUCGCACAUGUGCACCAGUAGCUGUGUUGCAGGGCCAUACAGCUUCUAUCACUUCCAUACAGUUUUGCCCAGGAACAAAACAAAAAACAAGAUACCUCACAUCUACUGGUGCUGAUGGGACAAUCUGCUUCUGGGAAUGGCAUGCAGAUACCAUGACAUUUAAUGAUUGUCCUGUAAAAUUUGCAGAGAGGUCAAGGCCUGGAGUUCAGAUCUCCUGCUCGUCGUUUAGUUCAGGUGGUAUGUUCAUAGCCACAGGAAGUACUGAUCAUGUGAUCAGAAUAUACUAUCUGGGUUCUGGUUCACCAGAGAAGAUCACUGAAUUGGAAGAACAUUUGGACAAAGUGGUCGCUAUUCAAUUCUGCAACAAUUCAGACCGCUUAUGCUUCGUCAGUGGAAGCAGAGAUGGAACUGCUCGGAUUUGGCAAUAUCAACAGCAAGAGUGGAAAAUGACUGUACUGGAUAUGACUACCAAGGUGACUGGGAGCAGUGUUACAAAUCCAGAAGACAAAGUGACCAAGCUUAAGGUCACCAUGGUAGCCUGGGACCGAUCUGAUUCAACAGUUAUUACUGCUGUAAACAAUUUCCUUCUGAAAGUUUGGAACUCUCAUACUGGCGAACUUCUUCAUGUAUUGUCUGGCCAUGAUGAUGAAGUUUUUGUUUUGGAACCUCAUCCUUUUGAUCCAAGGAUUUUAAUCUCUGCUGGGCAUGAUGGAAACAUAUUUGUGUGGGAUCUAGAAACCGGAACCAAAAUUCGUAAUUACUUUAACAUGAUUGAAGGUCAGGGCCAUGGAGCAGUGUUUGACUGUAAGUUCUCUCCUGAUGGCCAAAACUUUGCUUGCACAGAUUCUCACGGACAUGUUUUGCUCUUUGGUUUUGGGUGCAGUAAACCUUACGAAAAGAUUCCAGAACAGAUGUUCUUCCAUACAGACUUUAGGCCUCUAAUAAGAGACUCCAACAACUAUGUUUUGGAUGAACAAACGCAACAGGCCCCACACCUAAUGCCCCCUCCCUUCCUAGUUGAUGUUGAUGGCAACCCACAUCCUACCCGUUUCCAGAGAUUGGUGCCAGGACGCGAGAAUUGCAAAGAUGAGCAACUCAUCCCUCAGCUGGGAUAUAUGUCAAAUGGCAAUGGGGAUGUGGUGGAGCAGGUGAUUGGCCAGCAAACCGGAAAUCAGGAGGGAAGUAUACUUGAUGGGAUAAUCCGAGAGCUCCAGAGGGAACAGGAUGAGAGGCGUACAAAUGAUGGUGAAGGUGAAGAUGUGGAUACACCCAUGUAUAACAGAACAGACUCAAGAAACGGAGUAUGGAGAAGUAAUAGUUUGGAUUUAUCAUCCCCACCUAAUGUUGGUCUUCUUCGGAGUGGCCAAAUUGAGGGUGUUCGGCAAAUGCAUAGUAAUGCACCUCGGAGUCAAAUGGCUACAGAAAGAGACCUAAUGGCCUGGAGCAGAAGGGUUAUAGUAAAUGAACUGCAUCCUGGUGUUAGCAGGGUCCAGGAAGAAUGCAGAACUACUAAGGGUGAAAUGGAAAUCUGUUUGUACACCACAGAGAAAAAGAGGAAACCACCUAACCCUGCACAGAGGACGGAUUAUCAAGCUUUCGGUGGACGAUCACUUAGAAAAAUACAGCGGAAACGUCAGCAUGCCUACCAGACACGUUCCACCAGUGAGCAUGAUGCAGGGGCUACAGUCCCGAGUACAAACGGGGAAGAUUCACAGAGUUCCCCCGAGGAGGAGGAGUCCCAGCAUUCCACAGAGGCUUCAGCAGAUGAAACUGCAGCUCCCUGGCAAUCAGAAACCUCAUCCAGUGAUUCAUCCAGUGAAUAUUCAGACUGGACUGCAGAUGCAGGAAUCAAUCUCCAGCCUCCCAAAAGACAAACACGGCAAACCACUAGGAAAAUGUGCAGUAGUUCAGAAGAGGAGAAUGCUAAAGAGGAAGAGAGGCCAAGGAAACAUAAACUCACCAGACGGAAGAAACAAAGUGAGCGCCUUUCUAUGGAAGGAGAGCCAAGUGAAGAAUGGAUUCCUCCCCAGUGGAUAUUGGACACUAUCCCACGUCGUUCUCCUUUUGUUCCUCAGAUGGGAGAUGAGGUUAUUUAUUUCAGACAAGGCCAUGAAGCUUAUGUACGAGCAGUAAGGAAGGCCAAAAUAUACAACAUUAAUCCACAAAAGGAGCCAUGGAACAAAACGGAUCUCAGGGAUCAAGAAUUUGCGAAGAUUGUAGGAAUUAAGUAUGAGGUGGGACCGCCUACAUUAUGCUGCUUAAAACUCGCCUUACUGGAUCCUACUUCAGGCAAAAUAACUGCAGACUCUUUCUCGGUUAAAUACCAUGAUAUGCCUGAUGUUAUUGACUUCCUUGUCCUUUAUCCGUUUUAUAAGGAGGCGAAAGAGAGAAACUGGCAAAUAGGAGACCGCUUUCGCAGCAUUAUUGAUGAUGCUUGGUGGUUUGGCACAGUGGAAAGUCAGCAGCCAUUCCAGACUGAGUAUCCAGACAGUUUAUUCCAGUGCUAUAGUGUUCAUUGGGAUAAUAAUGAAAGAGAAAACAUGAGUCCUUGGGACAUGGAACCAAUUCCAGAUGGCACAGCUUUGCCUGAUGAAAUGGGUGCUGGUGUUCCUGUUACUUCCGAUGAACUGAAAUCUCUGCAAUAUAAACCAGAAGAAGGAGAGUGGGGAUUAUAUUCAAGAGAUGAAUUUUGUGAGAGAGUUAUCCAAGGCAUUGAUCAACUACUUACUCUUGAUUUUGCCAGCCCAUUCAGUGCUCCUGUGGAUCUCAGUGCCUACCCCUUAUACUGCACUGUAGUGGCAUAUCCAACAGAUCUAAGCACCAUAAGGAAGAGACUGGAGAGCCACUACUAUAGGAGGCUGUCUGCCUUAAUAUGGGAAGUCCGGUAUAUUGAACACAAUGCAAGAACAUUCAAUGAGCCGGACACUCCAAUUGUUAAGACUGCCAAAAUUGUGACAGAUGUGCUGUUACGUUAUAUUGGGGACGAUAAUUGUACUGAUAUAUUGGAGAUCUACAAUCAGGUAAAGACUGAAGACACUGGCAAUACAGAAGAAGAGGAGGGCGGAGCAGUUGAUGUGGAAUCGGAUGCCCCAGGGACAUCUUCUGGACGGGCUCUUACCCGUCGCACUAAAAGAGAUCUGCUUCGCUCCAAUCCGGACUCUUGGAAAGAUCAAUGUAAAGAAAUGUUAGAUUUAAUCUAUGAGCGGGAAGAUUCUGAACCCUUCAGGCAACCAGUCAAUCAGGUCUCAUAUCCUGAUUAUCAGGAUAUUAUUGAAACACCAAUGGAUUUUACCACUGUGAAAACGACGUUGGCAUCUGGAGAUUAUAGUGACCCACUGGAAUUUGCUGCAGAUGUUCGGCUUAUCUUCAGUAACUCCAAGGCAUACACUCCAAACAAAAAAUCUAGGAUCUACAGUAUGACUCUUCGACUGUCUGCACUAUGUGAAACGCACAUAAAAGAUAUCAUCUCUGACUACAAACUAGCCAUGCAACUCCAACAGAGGACGAGGCGAAAAUACAGAAGGCGAAUCAGUAGUAGUAGCAGCAGCAGUAGUAGUAGUAGCAGUAGUAGUAGCAGCAGUAGUUCUACUUCAGCCUCUAGCAGAGAAUCCAGCCCAGACACAAAACCAAGGAAAAUGAAGCUUCAGCAGAAACUUAAUCAGAAUCCUCCACAUCCUCUUCCUAGAAGCAGCUCUUCGUCUUCUUCUCAAAUGUCUGACACUGCUGUGGAGCCUGAUGGAAGUCCUUUUUCUGAAGAUAUGGAUCAACAGCCAUCUUCAUCUGGAGGUUGUAAACCCAACAACCCUGAAACACACAAAGAACAAGAGAAUGUUACAAAGGCAAAAUGUUCUCCUGUCAAAGAGGAACACACAAAUGGCCCUCUAACAAAUGGCGAUGGAGGACACACACCAAAAAUGAAGAGAAAGUUGCUAAGUUCUUCAGAGGAUGAAAGUCCAGAUGAUGGAGAACAAAUGGAAGAAAAGCCUGUUAAAGGUCCAGCAUCUUCCUGUGGAAGCAGAGACUCUGAAUCAAGUUCAAAGAGCGAAACUGAAUCUGAGAGCAGUUCUGAUUCUGGGUCCGAUCAGGAUUAUAAAGAUGGCGACCAUGAUUAUAGCAAAGAGGCCCGUACCAGGGUUAAGAGAAAACUGAGUAAAUCUGGAGAGGCUAAAAAGAGAGGAAGGGGUCGAGGAAGGGGCAGAGGAAGAGGACGGGCAAAAGGUUAUAAUCGUGGUGUAGAUGAAGAAAUCAGAAAAGGCAGGGGUCGAGGCAGAGGAAGGGGAACAUGGAAAAAAGAACCUUCAAGGACACCAGCAUUAAAACGUGCACAAGUGACAGAUGAUGAAGAUGGUGACAAUGUGGAUGAUGAAGAAAGUGAUUUUGUAGAGCAACAAAGAAAAAAACCUAGGAUAAACACAAGGAACCAGGGCAAAAGAACUGUGUUAUAUAAUGAUGAGGAGUCUGAUAAUGAGCAGGAUGGUUUGGGGCAGUUGGAUGAUCCCUUAAACCUAGGAACAUCCAGGUCUGGAAGAGUCAGAAAAAUGACCGAAAAGGCCAGAGUGAGUCAUCUUAUGGGAUGGAAUGGGUGAAUCGUUCUGGCAACUUUAAAAAAAAAAAAAAGUAUAUAUAUACAAAUAGAUUUUAUUUUAAAAUGUACACAGAGGGGUCUUCUACUGCAGGGAUUCUAUCAGAACAAAUUCCGGGGAGAAUAAUUGUCGGCCUGUUAAAUAUUUCCGGUGGUGCUUUUUCAUGCAAUUGUGUAUGUGUAAAUCAGUCGCAUAUUAAGGCCAGCCUUAUUUAUUAGGUCUUAAGCCACAAAAAAUCCAACACUACAUUUUUAAGGGUGCAACUUUUGAUUCUGUAAGAGUGGCAUGAAAUGUUUAUCUCCCCCCUUUUUUUUUUUCUUUUAAAUCCUAAUUCUAGCUUUUGCGUGUGUGUGAUUUGCACCUUUUUACAGAGAUUUUUAAAUGUUUUGUGACUUAACGCUUAAAAACAAAAUAUUUUUUGCACAAGAUACCAACCCUGAGGGCAGCUAGAAAAUGUUUACAGUUUAUAAACCUUUCUGUGGAGCUCCAUUAUAGUAAUCUUCUGAUGCCAAAUGCUUAUCUCCUGAGUUACUCUGAACAACAUAUGUAUUAUCCACUUCAUAGUGGUUUCUUUUUCUUUUUCUGUGUAGAAGUAAUAUCGUGUUCGUGCCUUUGUAAAUAUGAAUGGUAAGAGUUAGUGUUCUCAUGUUGUGUGAUAAAAUCUGCAUUACGAAAUAUUACGUGACAAAUCUGCACUUGGUAACUUCAACAGAAAUUCAUAUCUGUUGGCAUUCGAACAUUUAAACAAUUGACUGUUACUUCAAAAAUAAUGGCUAGAAUUUAGCUCCCAUUGUUCCAUAGCAACAAAUCAUGGGUAAGCUUGUUUAGUGAUUCUACCAUGAAGCAAUACUUUUGCAAAAGAGGAAACCAUUGUGUUUUCCUAUUUUUACAUUUAUCCCAUUUUUUUUUUUUUCAAAUUGAACAAGGUGAGGCAAGCUGGUGCCCAAUUUUAAUUUUUUUUUUUUUUUAUGUGCUGCUGAGGAGCCUAUCCCAUCUCAUUAAACACUGAAGAAUCUAUUCCAUCUAUUAUGGCUUAAUGAAGGUGUCUUAAGAAUGGGUUGAGUAUUUGUUUUACAUUUUUGCAUAAUUGCAGCAACAGAUUAGAAGAAUGCUAUAUUCUUAUUGAUAAUGAAGCAAGAUAAGAUUCAUUAAUUCCUGAAUAUUGAAUGUAGUAUUACACAUUGUCUGUUGUUGCCUUACUAAACUUAACUCAUUACUAUAUAAAUGCUUAUUUGUUUUGUUUUUUUUUUUAAAAAAAAAAAAUGAAAACACUAUCACAGCUAAGCAGUAAAGCCUAGCCAUACAAUAAUAUCAUCUGAAAAGGGAGCCCAUGUAUGGCUGUCUUUAGGCACUAUAAAAUUGCUUUGUUAGUAGGUUGUAUAUUUUAAUUUAAGGAUUUAUGCUAUAAAUUCCCACAUUGUUCAGGUUUUUUCUUUCUAUUUUAAGUGUUGUCCAGACAAAUCUGCUUGAAAUUGUUGCAUUGUCUAUUUUUCCCCCACUUUCAGUUAUUUGAUGCAAGCAACAAAACACUCCACAGACCUAGAAGAAAAAAAGGUGUCACUUAUUUUUCCAGCUAGCAUAUGUAAAUAUUAUUUAUUUCAUGGCAGAGGUGUAAAGUUAGCCAUAAAGGGAAGCUUUGAAAACCUUUUUACUUUCAAAGACAUUGGUAUUUUAUAAUUGUAGUCACAUAAUUGUUUAUAUUGGACUAUUAUGGUCUUCCAUGUUUACGUUUGGGCUCACUCCCGCCCCUUCUAAUAAUAUCCAUUUAAGCUUGUCCCCUGUAUCUUGCAAUCUUUUAAACUGGACCUUAUUACAUCUGGAGGGAGAGGGCGCUAUGCCAUAAAGAAAACAAAAGUAGGAAGUAUGCAAUUGACUGGAAAUGAUCAUCUUUAGUAAAGCAGGAAUUUUGCAAGUAAUUUAAUAUUUUCCCACAUUUAAAUGACCGUUUGGAUUUGUUUUAUAGUUCAGAUUGCUUCAUAUACUAUAUGUGGUCUGUAUUUUAUUUGCAAGUUUGGAUCUACUUGUGUAAAACUUCAGCAUUAAUUCAACCAUAGCUGCUACUGCUGCAUCAAUGACAGUGUUUGGGGAAUUUAUGAAAGAACCAGUGGUCUGAAUCAUUGAUGUAAACAGUGCUUGUUGGAGCUUUGUCCUACCCCCCAAACCUGACAUUGUUGCUACUGCAACCAUGGCUUAAGAAAGGUCUUCUUCCAAAACACAGUAAGUAACACAAGGGCUGGAGUUGAUAAGGUUUUAGUUAAAAAAAAUAUAUAUAUUUAAGGGCCAAGAAUGUUAUUAAACGUAUACUGACACAUUCCUUUAAAAACACAGACUUGCCAGUAUCCUUUUAAUGAUGCGUCUUGCAGGGUAAUUGUGUGACUUCUAGCCUAGGCUUAAGUUAUCAGAGUGUGUAGCAUAGGGGCAGUAUAAGCAGUAGAAAUUAAAAGUAAACCUUAAAUGAAUCUUAUAGCAGUAUUUUAUGAAACUGGAGCAGUAAAACAUGGAUUUUAUAUUGUGGUACAUUGCAUGAGUCAAGUGAGCAUUCUGGGGGUACAGCAUCAUUAACCCCUUUUGUGUUCAGAUAUGCAGAAUGGCCUGAUUUGUGUAGCCUAUUUUAGUAUUCCAAACUAGACGUUUGUACAUACACUUCAUUCUUCUCUCUUUGGUGCACAGAUGAAUUACCAGCAGCAUUUGGUGCUUAUUGCAUUCAUUCAGAUAUUCCAUUUUUAAAGGGCUUCCCUUCUCCUUCAUCUCUUGUGAAUUUUUGAGGAACUUGGCUAGGUUAGGUCAUUGGCUUCAGAUAGCCUGGUUAAUCAAUUGUACCAAACCACUGUUAUUUAAUUGCAUGCAGUUUGACUGCAAGACUUCUAGAUCCUAAUACAUUAAUAAACAAUCAUAACACCGUUUUGUAAAUUUUAAUCUGUUUUUUAAUUAUUGCCAAAUUAAAAUGCAACUUAAUCUUUGACACCUUUCAAGGCAAUCUGUGCAAUUGCACACAAGCAUUUUGUCACCCAGGCGAUUAAUCGCUCGAAUCAAGGUGUACUUGCAUGGCAGUUGCUUGCAAGGGUACUUGUAUGGGUUGGAAAAGCAAAGUGCCAAUCACUGCAUUUCUGAUGUAAUAGUUGAUAGAAAGUUAGGUCCACCUAAGCUUGCAGGCAGGGCAGGGGGUGUUUCAUAUUUCUCUCUCUGUCAAGAGGGAUAAAAUGGGCCCCCCACAGGCCAACUAAAUAGCAACUGUCGUUUUCUCUGGAACUUGUCAGUAUUUACAGUCCAGGCCCGGAACAUCUACUAGUAAUCAGUUUUUAAGAAUUCUCUACACACAAGUUGGUUCCUUAACUUGUAAUACUGUAGCAAAGCUCUUGAAUGCAGUUUUUGUGCUGAUGUUUCCUUCUGCUAUACCCUAACUUUGCUGGACUAUCGCUGCUAGCUUAGUAAAGACCAGCUAGCGGUAUUGUAACCAACUUUCUGUCUUGCAAAUACAAAUAGAAUUCCACUGUACCUUUAUCAUAGUUAAUUUUACUAAAAUUGAAACUGCCAAGUGCCCUUGAAAAAAAAUGUAUUCUUUAUUGUUCCAAAGCAUUGGUGCAGCAAUUAUUAUUACAGUACCUUCUAUUGCCAGUAAAACAAUAUUUACAUAAUGCACUCUAAGCAAGUACCGUUCCACAUUCCCCCAGAAGAUGCCUUAUUUAGAGCUGCUUCUAAUUUGGCAAUUGAAUUUUUUUGAAUUAGGAAUUAACACAAAUAUAUGGUGCUAUAUGAUGUCAUAGCUUGUCAUGUUAAUAAAGCAUUCUUCAUAUCAAUAUAAUGCUUUCAACAGGCAAAUGAUACAGUGGAAGCAGCACCUACUGUACUGCAGAGUGUGUAUUUUUCUGCUUUCUCUUUUGUAACAAGGUAUUGCAUACAGAAUGAUUCAAAAAGGCUCGUUAUCAUAGACAGCAAAAUGUACACGUCAAUUAAAACCUAACUUGUAGGGAAUAGAUUUUGUUAAUGUUACUUUUAUAG